CGGCUCGGGUCCCAUAUAGCGCGAGGAGGUUUCGGAGCAGCGAUUCAGUCCUCGAGAUGAGAGCGCAACAGAGGACAUACUACUUCCGCUCUCCUCGAGCUGCACCACUGUAGCGCGCGCCCUUCAUCAUCACCCUACCGGCCGGGUCUUUUAUCUUGGUGGGAGGGGGGAAGGACGGAAGGACCGGACGGACGUCUUAAGUUUGAAAUUAAAACCGCAUUUUUCCGCGCGCAAGAUGCAGCGACCCGGCGGCCAAGGGACCGCGUUCUCCAUCGACUCCCUGAUAGGAACCCCGCAGCCGCGGCCGGGACACCUGCUCUACACCGGCUACCCCAUGUUCAUGCCCUACAGACCGCUGGUCAUCCCGCAAGCCAUGUCCCACUCGUCCCUCACCUCGGGUCUGCCUCCGCUGGCCCCGCUGGCCUCGUUCGCGGGCCGGCUGACCAACACGUUCUGCGCGAGCCUGGGCCAGGGGAUGCCCUCCAUGGUGGCCCUCACCACCACGCUGCCCAGCUUCUCCGACCCGCCCGACAGCUUCUACCCCCCGCCGCAGGAGCUGCCCGGGCCGAGGCUUGGUGCGGUUGACCCGGGGAGCAGGCGGCAAGGGAGCCCGCUGGAGGAGGACCUGCACGCCCGGGACAAGGCCAGGGAAGACCUGCUCAACUUCUCGGAAACUUUUCAGACCAUAUCAGGUGAAACCAAACUGUACAGCUCGGACGACGAGAAAAUGGACCGUAAGUCCGCAGACCCGACCUGCAGUGACCGGGAGGACAGCUCCGUGGACAGCGAGAACGAGAGCUUCUCGGACGGCAACACAUGCGGCUCCCUGUCCCAGAAGACCAAGCUGAAGACGGGCUCCCACGACGCCCUCCCAACGGGCGGCUCCUCCGCGGGGAAGAGCCGGAGGAGGCGCACGGCGUUCACCAGCGAGCAGCUCCUGGAACUGGAGAAGGAGUUCCACUGUAAGAAGUACCUGUCGCUCACAGAGCGCUCGCAGAUCGCCCACGCACUGAAGCUGAGCGAGGUGCAGGUGAAGAUCUGGUUCCAGAACCGCAGGGCCAAAUGGAAACGGAUCAAGGCCGGUAACGUGAACAACCGCUCGGGAGAACCGGUGCGGAACCCCAAGAUCGUGGUGCCCAUCCCGGUGCACGUCAACAGGUUCGCGGUGAGGAGUCAGCACCAACAGAUAGAGCAGGGGACCAGGCCUUGACCUGAAAGGGCCCGGGUCCUGGACUUAAAGAGACCGGGACCUGGACUCGAAGGGACCAGGGGGACCAGGUCUUGGACUCAAAGGGACCACCAGGCCCUGGACUCAUAAGGACCAGGCCCUGGUCUUAAAUGGACCAGGUUCUGGACUCAAAGGGAGCACCAUGUUCUGGACUCAAAGGGACCACCAGGUUCUGGACUCAUAAGGACCAGUUCCUGGUCUUGAAGGCACCUGGUCCUGGACUUAAAGGGAUCACCAGGUCCUGGACUCAACCGGACCAGGUCCUGGACACUUAAGGACCAGGUCCUGACUCAAACGGACCACCAGGCUCUGGAAUCAGAGGCAGUAGGGACUGGACUCAACGGGACCACCAGAUUCUGGACUCAGAACCAGAGGACAGACCAUCGAGACCACAGACUCGAUGGUCCAAAUGUUCCACUUUGUCGAACGCAUGAGGCACAAAAAACGGGGGAUCUGUUCAUUCUUGUUUUUCCGAAACGAGAACGAGCAGAUGUCGCGAGAAUAGAGGAUUAUUGCAGAGCUACUGUCUGUCAAUAUGCUGUCGAUCUAAUUUAUUGUUUUGUAGAUAUGUAAAUAUAUUGCAUAAAUGGGCACUAUGAGAAGAAAUUGUAAAGAUGCAUUUUUUAUGUAUUUAUAUGUCGGGCCUGAGAUGUUCUGGUUAUUCUGUGCAUGCCCUUUAAGGCGACCGGUUUGGUGAAGCUAAUUCAAUUUAUUUAGUUUGGCUUGUUUUUUGUAUUUUGUACAUUUUGUUGAUAAUCUUUGCAUGUAACUUAUAACGUUUAAUUUUUUUUGCCGAUAUUGUAGGGAUCAUUCUUUUGUGAAAAAAAAAGAAUAAUGUCGACGUGAAGAAUUAUCAAACAGGGAAGAAAUGUUAAAGUAUAUCGACCUAAUAAAUCAUUUUAGGCUAUACAAAAUAUGAAUUGAGACUGAUUUAUUGUGAAACGAUAAUAUACAGGAGAUUAGGCAUUAUAUUCAACAUAGCCUAAAUGAGCCAAGAAGAAAACUGUAAAAUAUGAUUAUAAAUAGCCUAUCCCAACCUUAAACAUGUGUUUAUAUUUUUAUCUGACAAUAAUUAUUUUAUUUAAUACCAACU